CUCCAGGCGGUGGAAGGAUUGUUCGCCCUCCAGGAGACUGCGGCGGAGAAGAAGCCGCGUGAUCGGCGGGGAGACUGCUGCCCAAUCGAUGGAGGGGCGAUCGGCUCCGACUCCGCCGCCGAGCGGGAGGUCGAGGCUCAGCCAGCCGCCGCGCGUGGGCAGGCAGAGAGGCGCGGCCCAGCGGCGGGCCCUUGGCAGCGGGUGCCGCAGAGCGCUGUGCGAGAGCUGGCGGCUGAGGCAUCCGAUGCGGGCCCUCUGGCGACGGUAUUUACAGGCAGCACGGCGGCGGCUGGCGGCGCGCAGCCGCGGCCGAAGCCCCAGCCGGGCUGCCCCCGCCGCAGAUGAGCGCCCUCUAGAGCGGGCAGCCACGAUCCCGCGGGAGCUGAGGGCGGCGAGCGUCGGCACCUGCAACGGCUCCACCUGGGCCAAAGGCAGGACGGCGUCUGCGCAGUUGCGCGAUGGCGGUUGCCAGGAUGACCCGCUUCACUGGCGCGGCAGCCGUCUCCUCGGCACAGGGCUGGUACAGGCUCAAUGGCGUCCAGGAGACGCUGGGUCCGUGCAAGCGUGCGGUGC